AUGCCGCCAAAGUCUGCUGAAGGAACGGCGCAUAUCGAUGCCAGUGAUUUCAAGAACUCGGCAGCUGCCGAGGCGGCCGCUGCUGGUCCCCAGCAAGAGGUGAAGGCUGCUCUUUUCGACGAGGCCCAGCUCCUUUCGACGGGUGACAAGAAGGCUGCCGUGGAGCUUACGAACCUGGUCAAGAUCGAGGGUCCUUUUGCUCUGCGUAACCUUGGCAUUGAGGAUGUCAUCAAGAAGGGCCUUGGUGACAAGAAGAACGCGGCUGGCCGUGAGGGUGCCUGCAUGCUCGUCAUGACCCUCUUCGACGAGGGUGUGGGUCACGAAGUCGAGCCCUUCAUCAUGAACGGUGUCUUUGAGACCAUCGUGGAGGCCAUGGGUGACAAGGAGAAGAUUGUGCGUCAGCGUGCUGAGGAUGCUCUGCUCCUUGUGGUCCGUAACAUGUCGACGUGGGCCGGCCCUCAGGUCAUUCGUGUGCUCUUGCACCAGAUGCGUACGGCCGGUAAGUGGCAGGUCAAGACGGGCUGUGUCCGUCUUCUUGAGGAACUUGUGCAGACUUGCCCCGACAUGGUAGCUCGCAUGAUGACGGAGAUCAUCCCGGUCAUGGCUGAGGUGAUUUGGGACACAAAGAGCGAUGUGCAGAAGGCCUCGCGUGCCUCGCUUGAGAAGCUUUGCGCUCUCGUGUCGAACAAGGAUAUUGAACGCUUUAUUCCCGCCCUCAUCCAGUCGCUCAUCCACCCUGUGGAGGAGGUGCCCAAGACGAUUCAGCUCCUGUCGGCGACAACAUUCGUCCAGGAGGUCGACUCACCCACCCUUGCCCUGAUGACGCCUCUUCUGUCGCGUGGUCUCACGGAGCGUCCCACUGCUACGAAGCGUAAGGUUGCCGUGAUUAUCGACAACAUGUCGAAGCUUGUCGACAACGAGCGCACGGUGCGUCCCUUCUUGCCCAAGCUCCUGCCUGGUCUGAUCAAGAUCGAAACCACAGUGUCGGACCCUGAGGCUCGCAGCGUUGUGCAGCGCGCCAUUAACACUCUCCGCCAAGUUGGUAAGGUCGACGGUGAUGGUUCGGAGGUGAAGCCUCUUGAAGACAUUGAUCUGAACAAGACCGUUGAGCUCGUGGACGCUGCCCUGAAGCAGCAACAGCUUAGUGGCCCUGACACGCUCGUGCACUACGUUUCUCAGCUUGUUACGAACUUGUCGAACUUCCGUGUGUUCGAGCCCGAGGAAUGGGAUGGCACUCUCUCUCGCUACCUGCGCCUCUUCCGUCCUUCGAAUCAAGAGAAGGCUCACGCCAUUGUGCACGAUCUCCUUAAGCAGCUCGCUAAGAGUACCGGCGAAGAAGUCGAGGUGUUCGACGACGAGGAAGAGGGCGAGGACCUGUGUAACUGUCAGUUCUCGCUUGCCUACGGUGCCAAGAUUCUGCUGAACACGGCCACCCUGCGUCUUAAGCGUGGCCACCGCUACGGUCUCUGUGGUCGUAACGGUUCGGGUAAGUCGACGCUCAUGCGUGCCAUCCAGAACGGUCAGGUUGAGGGCUUCCCUUCGCCCGAAGAGGUGCGCACGUGGUACGUUGAGCACGAUCUCGACGGAUCAGAGGGUGACAUCUCGAUUCUGGACUUUAUCCAGACCGACAAGCGUCUGAAUGUGGACCGCGAGACGGCUUCCAAGACGCUUCAGGAGAUGGGCUUCGAUGAGCAGCGUCAGGCUGGCCCCAUUACGGCUCUCUCUGGUGGUUGGAAGAUGAAACUCGCCCUUGCGCGUGCUGUGCUGUUCAAGGCUGAUAUCCUGCUGCUUGACGAGCCCACGAACCACUUGGAUGUUCUCAACGUGGCCUGGAUCACCGAGUACCUGCAGAAGACAUCGGCUACGUCGAUCAUUGUGUCGCACGACUCUCAGUUCUUGAACAAUGUCUGCACUGACAUUCUGCACCUGAACCGCUUCAAGAUCAAGCGCUACCCCGGUAACCUUGACGCCUUUGUCAAGCGUGUGCCUGAGGCCCGCGCUUACGUCGAGCUCAACUCGGGUGAGGACUACUCCUUCAAGCUUCCCAACCCGCCAUUGCUCGAUGGUGUCAAGACGAAGGAGAAGUCGCUUGUCAAGAUGCGUGACGUCGUGUUCCAGUACCCCAACACGCCUGCUCCUCAGCUCCGUGGUAUUACGAUGCAGCUCUCGCUCUCGUCGCGUGUGGCUGUGCUUGGUCCUAACGGCUCCGGUAAGUCGACGCUCGUGAAGCUCAUUGUCGGUGACACUGAGCCAAACGAGGGUGAGCUGUGGAAGCACCCUAACCUUGUCAUUGGUUACGUUGCCCAGCAUGCUUUCCACCACAUUGACCAGCACCUUGACAAGACGCCUCUCGAGUACAUGCUCUGGCGUUACCAGACCGGUGAGGACCUCGAGGAGCACAUGAAGGCUACUCGUCAGAUCUCUGCCGAGGAGGAAGAGGCCAUGAAGCGUGGUGCUAUCUACGAGCACGAGGGUGUCAAGCGUGUCAUUGAUGAUAUCGUGGGCCGUAAGAAGCUCAAGAACUCGUUCCAGUACGAGGUCUCCUUCAAAAACAUGAGUUCGGCUGACAACCUUUGGCUGAGCCGUGAUGAGCUGAUGCGCCGUGGCUUCGAGAAGAAGAUCAUGGAGGUCGACUCGCGUGAGGCCCAGAAGGCUGGUAUGCUUCGUCCCCUGGUGCGUCGUGAGAUCGAGAAGCACUUCGAAGACUUUGGUCUUGAGCGUGAGUUCACGUCGCACAACACCAUGCGUGGUCUCUCUGGUGGUCAAAAGGUCAAGGUUGUGCUGGGUGCCGCUACGUGGCGUAUGCCCCACAUCAUCGUGCUGGAUGAGCCCACCAACUUCUUGGACCGUGAGUCGCUUGCUGCUCUGAUCGCCGCUAUCCAGUCGUUCGAGGGUGGUGUUGCCAUCAUCACACACUCGCAGGAGUUCUCGGAGGGUACCUGCAAGGAAAUUUGGCGUAUGCAAGACGGUACGCUCCACGCAUCAGGCCACAACUGGGUCGAGGGCCAGGGCUCUGGUGAGCGUAUUGACAAGAAGAAGAACGACGAAGAAGAGGUCAAGUUUGACGCUCUCGGUAACAAGAUUGUCGAAGAGAAGAAGAAGAAGAAGCUUACGUCGUCUGAGGCCCGUAAGGCCAAGAAGGAACGCAUGGCCCGCCGCAAGCGUGGUGAGGAAGUGUUCAGUGAUGAGGAGCUUUAA